AAAAUUUAUUCAAUGUUGAAAUAACAUCAUACAUAAGAUUUCAGAGAUUACUGGCAAAACGAGUAGUUAAAAAGGAAUUGGAUCGCUCAAAAAUACGAGAUGUAAUUCCAGAAAAUAAUUCGUAUAGCAAUGUAAAAUGUACUUCAGAUGAUAUAAUAGAGUAUGCACAGUUAAAGAACAAGGGAUUAAAUGAUUUGGAAAUAUAUAAAGAACAAUUUAAGCGUAAAUAUGCUAAAAGUAAAGGUUUAAAAAGACUAAGUGAACAUCAAGAAGGAACUAGUAGUUAUAACAUGAAAUUAAAGGAAAGUAUAGUUAGAAAAUGGAGUAUACUAACUAUUGUAAUGUGCUCAAUUGCAUUGAUUGUAAUAACAUUACCAAUUUAUGUUAAAAUGUUCCUCGAUCCUUUAGCUAUGGUUUUAGGACCUGAUGCGUUAUACUUGUAUAUCUCAUAUGGUAUUAUUUGUAUAAUAUUAAAAUGUAUAAUUUUAUAUUCAAUCAUUUACAUCAUGAAAAAAGUUGUAAAAUAUCACAGAUUAGAAGCUGGAAGGGGGU